CUUCUAUCUUUUUUAUAUAUGAGAAGAGAUUUAAAUAAUUCUUAAAAUUAGUAAACAACAGAAAACAUACAACAAUCAGGGACUGUGUAAUAAAAUUUAAAUAUAUGCAAGAUUUCGAUAUGAAUAGGCUUAUGAAUUAUUGACUUAAGCAUUACUUUCAAAUUCUAUUUAUGCAAUAUCAGUAUUAAUUUUAGGUUUUGAACUUGCAUAUGAUGGAAAUAUAUUGAGUGUAAUCUAUUGUAUGGAUUUGAAAUUAUUAUUAUAAAUUCUCCAUCAAAUAUACUUUUAUAGAACAUUUGCUAAUAUGAAUAUGUAAGAUUAUGAUAUAUAUGUUAAUUUUUAAGAAAAUAUAACCACGCUUUUAUAAGAUUACUAUAAAUAUUUUUUGAAGGAUGCUUUGCACUAGCACUAAACUUGUAUGUAAUUAAUAGAGAUAACAAUUUAUUGUUAUAUUCAAAUAUAUUCCCUAUUAUUAAUAUAUUUCUUUCAAUAAUAGUGAAAAUUAAUGAAGGAAAUUAGUUUUUUAAGGAAUCAGUACAAUAAAUCAAUUUAUUUUAUGUAAUUAGAAAUACUUGCAUUUUACUAAUUUCUAUUUUUUUUAGUUUAAAAAUAGAAGGAUAUUUUGAUAUUUAAUGGUUAUACACAUUGUGGGUGUUUUGGCUCUUAUUUAGUCUUUCAGCAUCAGUAGUAUUAUAUUAUAUUUUUGUUGUUUUGGCAUUAUCUAUACAAGUUAUUUUAGAAUAAACCAAUCGAUAAAAAUAAUUGGGUUUAAUAUUAUUAAUUAUAAUUAGUGAUAACAAAUGUUUGGAUAUUAUUAUUUUUGAUAUCUUGUUCUUCAAUGCUUUUUAUGAUACCAAUUUCAAUUAUGAAUUAUUUUAAUGCAGGCAAUUAUGAUAUAGCUAUUGAAGUGGAUAGAAUUAUUUUAAUUGUCAAUUAAAUUAUUUUCACUUAUUUUACAUUAAAAUUUAAACCAGAUUUGAUAUCUUCAUUAUAAAUGUUUUUAUCACUUAAUGAUUCUAUUAAUCCACUUCAUACUUUAGCAACUUAAUAAGCAGAAGUUUAGCUUCAGCAAUUUAAUAAACAAAAUUUUAUAGACAGUCGAAAUUCAGAAGCAUAAAUAUAGCUUCCAAAAAAAGUUAAAAGAAUUUCAAAAACUUAUUUUGGAUUUUAUGAUCUAAAUUUCGAAAAAAAAAGUGAUCCAAAUAUUUAGGAUUAAAUUAAAAGGCCUACACAUCAUAAAGCAUAAUCAUCUUAGAUAUAAAAAACUAUGGAACAUGUUAAUGAAAGGGUUAAACUUGCAUCUAUGAUGAAUUUUAAAACAAUUGAAAAAGAAGAUUUAGAUGAAUUGAAAGGCAUUUCAAUGAUAUCAGAUAAAUAAAAAGUAGAAUUAAUUCUAAAUUCUUAGUAAAAUUAACAAAGAUCAAUUUCAUUGUCAUCAUUCAAUUCUUGUUGUGUAUGCUAUGAAAAUGAUUCAGAUGCCUUGUUUAUGUAAUGUGGACAUGGUGGAGUAUGUUAUCAUUGUGCUUUAGAUAUGUGGAAAAAUAAAGAUGAAUGUUAUUUAUGCAGAAAGGUUUUAUCAAAUUUAUAAUAUUAGAAAAUAGAAAGAGUGUUAUAAAUUUAAGUUUGUAAUAAUGAAAAGGAUAUUUAUUAAGUUGUUGGAGCUGCUGAAUUUAACCAAAAAUCAAAAAAAAGACAUUAAAUUAGUUAAUAAUAAUAACAUGAUUGAUGAUGAGUUACU